AACAACAACCAACAACAGCUUGGUUUGGGCGAGUUCAGAGUUGUGAAUUUUAGUUUCAUUUCUACGAUUUCUCAGUUUUCGCUUUUAACUUAUUAUAGUAAAUAAGUCAAAAACUUACAUUCUGCAAGAAGAAAAUUGAACACAUCUACUUUAACUCCAGUAAUAUACUAAACCACCAUGAUAAUCCCUGUGCGCUGUUUCACCUGUGGGAAAGUAAUUGGCAACAAGUGGGAAGCAUAUCUUGGUCUGCUACAAGCUGAAUACACUGAAGGCGACGCGCUCGACGCUUUGGGCCUCAAGCGGUACUGCUGUCGGCGCAUGCUGCUCGGUCACGUAGAUCUCAUUGAGAAACUGCUCAACUACGCGCCGCUCGAGAAAUAGUGUGCUAUCAUUCCGCUUAGAAAAAGAUGCCGCCGCUAAGAAAAUUAUGACAGAGAUAACACUACCUAGUUACAAACGUCAAUUUAUUUUAGAUAUUGUGUAAAUGAUUUAUUUUACGGGCAAAAUAAAUCAUGCUUAAACCCAAUAACUACGAAAAAUAUGAAUGCUAGUUAUAAAAGAAUGAGAUAUUAACUUGUAAAGAGAAUGAGCUAAAAUAAUAAUAGAGGUAAGUAAUGUAAGUUAAGUAAUUUUAAUAAACGUAAAAUA